CAGAGGGCCACAGAAAUGCUCCCUGACAUCGUGUCUGUAGUUGGAGACUGGAAACAGUGUGUUCUAAUCCUCAUUUCUUCUUUAUUGUCUCCACUAACAGACAUCAAGGUGUCGGGUUACCUGAACCUUGCAGCUGACUUCACACAUAACUUCACUGACGGCCUGGCCAUCGGAGUGUCGUUCCUGGUCAGUCCUGCGGUGGGCGCCGUCACCACCCUCACCAUCCUGCUGCACGAGGUCCCACAUGAGAUCGGAGACUUUGCCAUCCUUGUUCAGUCCGGCUGCACCAAAAAAAAGGCCAUGUGUCUACAGCAUAGACUGUAUAUAUAA